CCUAUCGUAUUCAAGCUGUGUUCCGUAACCGCGGCUUGGGACAAUGCGCAAAAGCUUAUCGGAACUCCAAAAUUGCCAGCUGUCAUCUACACGUCGCCUGUUGCGCCGAUGGAAAACAUGGGCCGGGAUUGGGGUGGGGGUAAAUUUAGCGAAGGGAUCGUCAACAACAAAAAAAACCUGGAACUGCCACGGUCUCGGAAGCAUAAACGCUACAAGGGUUUACAAUCCAUGAGAUAUAUAAAUAUGCAACAUGCCUAGUAGCAGAGAGUCUUAAUAACUCUUUCACCCGAGAUUUCUACAAUAUGAACUUGAAGACCCUGACCGCUUUGAUCUUUGUUGCUUGUAUUGCCGCAGUCGUCCGGGCACAAGUCCCGGCCUUGUCGUCCUUGUCGUCCUUAUAUGAGUCUGAGGUGGCUGCCAGCCGAACUAAACUUGCCAGCUCUGCAAGCUCUGCUAUGAGCCGUAUCUCGUCCGAGAUCCAAAGAUCCAGUGAAUCGGCUGCCAGUCAAUCUGCCACCACUACCAACGGUGCUGGCGCUGGUACUUCAACCAAUGGUAACGAUAACAACGGUGCUUCCCAGACAGGCGGAAAUGGUCAAGCCACUGCUGCCUCCACCGGCUCUUCCAACUCUGGCACUUCGAAUGGCAUGUCCGCUUUCACUGGCUUGAGCAAUGUCAUGGUGGUCCAAGCCGUCGCCUGGUCCGCUCUCUUUGCUGCUAGCUUUGCUGCCAUGUUUAUGUAAAUUCACG